UUUUCCUUCUCCUUUUUUAUAUUUCGUAUCAACAUGACGGGAACGGAAUAUCUUCAACAACUCAAUGAAGAUCAGAAAGAGGCUGUACAAUCUGAUUCAAGAUCGUUACAAAUACUUGCUGGUCCUGGUUCUGGGAAAACAAGAGUAUUGACUACUAGGGUAGCUUGGCUUGUUAAGGAAAAGGAUGUUCGACCUUCAUCCAUUGUUGUGGUAACAUUUACGAAUAAGGCAGCGAAAGAAAUGAAGGAACGACUAGAACAACCUACACUACUUGGAUUCAAACGAUCAGCUUAUUUACAUAUGGGAACCUUUCAUUCAUUCUGUGCUGGUAUUCUUCGACGUCAUAUUGACCUGACUCCAUUGGAACGUAAUUUUGUUAUCGCUGAUGCUGCAAAAAGCAAACAAUUGUUGACUGAUAUUGUCAAGGAACUCGAACCUCACUUACAGAAUAAAACUGGUGUCAAGACACAAACUGCAAGUGAAUAUCAUCUCUAUAUUAGCAAGGCAAAAUCGGCAGGGAUCGAUCAUCAUACUUAUAUGGCAGAAAACAGGGGACAUUUUUUAAAAAAAUAUACAGCAAUGGUAUAUACUGCUUAUGAAGAAAGACUUGAAGCUGAGAACAUGAUUGAUUUUGAUGGUCUUUUAUUACAAGGUCGUAAUCUUCUCAGAGAUCAUCCCCAAGUCACUGACUUUGUAGAACACGUACUGGUGGAUGAGUUUCAAGACACAAAUGCUUUACAAUAUGAACUGCUCCAACUUUUGACUAGACACGGUGAAAAAGCUUUUACUGUUGUUGGUGAUCCUGAUCAAAGUAUUUUUGGCUGGCGAGAUGCAGAUAAAGCUCAUUUUGGCAAGAUGGAAGCUGACUACAAGGAUACCGUCAUUGUAGACUUGAAGGAAAACUAUCGUAGUACUAAAUUCAUAUUACAAAGUGCAAGUCAUGUUGUCGAAAAAGACAAGGCACGACGGCCACGACAUUUGUUCACCAACAACCACGAAGGUGCACCAAUCUCUCUUAUGAAGCUCGAAACUGAAGUUGAUGAAGCCAAUGCAGUAGCCAUGGAAAUCAAACGAAUUCUGAAAUAUUCCAACGGUUUGAUCGGUUAUAAGGAUAUAGCGGUGAUGUUCCGGAUGAACUUCUUGACUCGUAACUUUGAAAAAGCGUUUACUCAAGCAAAAAUACCAUAUGUUUUGGUCAGUGGCACACGAUUUUUGGAUCGUAUGGAAGUCAAAGAUGUAUUAUCCUAUCUCUCUUUCUUCUACAACAGCAGGGAUUCAGUUGCCUUUACAAGACUCAUCAAUGCACCCAAACGAGGAUUAGGUGAUGUGUCGAUCAAAAAAAUCCUGAUAUGCUCUCGUGAAAAUGGUUGGACAUUAUUGGAAACACUACAAAGGAUUCUGGAUAAACAUCCUGCAACAUCACAUAUACGACUUUUGGCAAAAGCAAGAGAAGAACUGAACAACUUAUUGAAGUUACAAACCGAAAUUCAAAACAAGCUGAACCAAAAGGCAUCGAUCGACAUUGUUUUGAAACAUAUUGUGGAAUCCAUUAGCUAUUUUGAUUAUCUGAAAUCCAAUUUUGAAAAGGAUUAUGAAUCUAGAGAAGCUAACGUCAAGGAAUUGAUUGUGUUUGCCCAGCAACAUUGCGAAGAUUUAGUAGAUGAAAGCGCGUAUCACUGAUCACCAUGCAUGCUGCAAAAGGCUUGGAAUGGACUUGUGCAUUCGUUGCUGGAUGUGAAGAAGGAAUUAUUCCAAUGUCAUCAACGAC